AUCCACUAGUCACUAGCCUUGAGAAGCUGCGUAAAAGUGUUGAGCAGUUUUCUCUGGUUCAUUUGAGUGUUUGUCUUAGUAGCUGGAAUAAGCUUUAACUCUUAAAGGCAGGUUUUUGUUUCCUUUAAAAUGAUAGGACUUUAAAAUAUAAUAGGUUCGAGACGUUAUUUACCGAAGUAUGAGUUACCACUGGACUGACACAGGAGUUCUGAGUUUGUUUCAAAUGACCUGCGUAGGUGUCCUGGUGGGAUGGAUUCUGAGACUUAAGCCUCCUCCAGGGUAUGUGGCUCACCAAGUGUUCUGCUGUGUUUCAGGAUCGGGGGGACCUUUGCUUUUUGAUGAUCUCCCACCAGCCAGCAGUGGUGAUUCAGGUUCUCUUGACACUUCGAUGUGCCAGAUGGUGAAGAAUGAAGAGAAAGGAGCAAAGAGAAAAGCCCCCGAAGAAGAGAAGAACGGCAGCGAAGAGCUUGUGGAAAAGAAAGUUUGUAAAGCCUCUUCAGUGAUCUUUGGUUUGAAAGGCUAUGUGGCCGAGCGGAAGGGUGAGCGGGAGGAGAUGCAGGAUGCCCACGUCAUCCUGAAUGACAUCACCGAGGAAUGUAGGCCCCCAUCAUCCCUCAUUACCCGGGUUUCAUAUUUUGCUGUUUUCGAUGGACAUGGAGGAAUUCGAGCCUCAAAAUUUGCUGCACAGAAUUUGCACCAGAACCUAAUCAGGAAGUUUCCUAAAGGAGAUGUAAUCAGUGUAGAGAAAACGGUGAAGAGAUGCCUUUUGGACACUUUCAAGCACACUGAUGAAGAGUUCCUUAAACAAGCUUCGAGCCAGAAGCCUGCCUGGAAAGAUGGGUCCACUGCCACGUGCGUUCUGGCCGUAGACAACAUUCUUUACAUUGCCAACCUUGGAGAUAGUCGGGCAAUCCUGUGUCGUUAUAAUGAGGAGAGUCAAAAGCACGCAGCCUUAAGCCUCAGCAAGGAGCAUAAUCCAACACAGUAUGAAGAGCGGAUGAGAAUACAGAAGGCUGGAGGAAACGUCAGGGAUGGACGUGUUCUGGGUGUGCUGGAGGUGUCCCGCUCUAUCGGGGACGGGCAGUACAAGCGUUGUGGGGUCACAUCUGUGCCAGAUAUCAGACGCUGCCAGCUAACCCCCAAUGACAGGUUCAUUUUGUUGGCCUGCGAUGGCCUCUUCAAAGUCUUCACCCCGGAGGAAGCUGUGAACUUCAUCUUGUCCUGCCUUGAGGAUGAGAAGAUUCAGAGCCGAGAGGGGAAGCCCGCCACUGACGCCCGCUACGAAGCAGCCUGCAACAGGCUGGCCAGCAAGGCGGUGCAGCGGGGCUCUGCAGACAAUGUCACCGUGAUGGUGGUGCAGAUCGGACACUGAGGAUGUGGCUGGGAGGGCAUGGCGCUGACGUCAGAGGUUCAUUGUAUGUGUGCACAUGUUGUGUGUUUCGUGUACUCCUGUGGGACUCACAUGCUUGUAAAUAAAGUUUUUUUUUUCUAA